AUGAUUUCUUUUAAUGAUCCAGACUUUGAAAAGAAAAUAGCCGAAAGUAAAGUAUUUGUUAUUGGGGCUGGAGGAAUUGGAUGUGAAUUAUUAAAGAAUCUUGUAAUGUCAGGUUUUAAAAAUAUCACAGUUAUUGAUCUUGACACAAUUGAAAUUAGUAAUCUUAACCGCCAAUUUCUUUUUCGUAAAGAACAUGUAGGCAAAUCAAAAGCAGAAAUUGCAAGCUCUGUUGUUAAACAAAUGUCACCAGAUGUUAAUAUUACUUUUUAUCAUGAUUCAAUUAUGAAUGAAAAAUUUGGGGUUAACUUUUUUCGAAAUUUUUCUUUGAUUAUGAGUGCGCUGGACAAUAGAGCAGCACGCAGUCAUGUUAAUCGACUUUGUUUGGUUGCAGAUGUUCCUCUUGUCGAGAGUGGUUCUGCUGGUUAUUUAGGGCAAGUUUCUGUAAUUCUUAAAGGCCGAACUGAAUGUUAUGAUUGCACUCCGAAACCUAUUCAGAAGACAUUUCCAAGUUGCACUAUUCGAAAUACUCCAUCUGAAUUAAUUCACUGCAUUGUUUGGGCAAAAAGUGCUUUCAACCAACUUUUUGGAGAAAAUGAUCCAGAUGAUGAUGUUUCUCCUGAAAUGGACUCUAUGGAAUCUUUACCAACUGUUUCAGAAAAUUCUUCAACAGACAAUGCUCCAACAAAUGGUCAUCAUACAGCAAAGGAAAAUUCUGCAAAUGGAAGUAAUGAACACAUUGAACAACCAAAAAUUCAUUUGAAUACACGACAGUUGGCAGAACAUAAUGGAUAUGAACCAAAACAUUUAUUUGACAAGCUUUUUCAUACUGACAUCAAUUAUCUUCUUUUGAUGGCUGAUUUAUGGAAAGAAAGGAAGAAACCUACUCCUAUCAAAUUUUCUGAACUUGUUUCUUCAGGUCUUGGCGGUAGUAAUGUAGAAAAGGCUUCAUUAGACCCAAAUACUCAAUGGAGUAUUUCUCGUUGGGCCCAAAUUUUUGAAGAAUCUACAGUUGAAUUAGCACGUAAAUAUCAAGAAAUUCAACAACAAUCAGACAAAAAUACUCUUGUUUGGGAUAAGGAUGACGAUGCAGCAAUGAGAUUUGUGGCUGCUUGUGCUAAUUUACGUGCUCAUAUUUUUCAUAUUGGAAUUGAUACUUUGUUUAAUAUAAAGGCAAUGGCGGGAAAUAUUAUUCCAGCAAUUGCUACAACAAAUGCUUGUGUUGCGGGGAUGGUUGUUGUUGAAGCUUUAAAGAUUAUUUGUGGACAACUUGAUAAAUGUAGAGCAAUUUUUAUCACCCGUCAGCCAAAUCCUCGCGGCAAAAUCCUUGUUGAUGAAAAACCAGCUCCACCAAAUCCGAAUUGUUAUGUUUGUUCAGUUAAAGGUCAAGUGCUUAUUCGAGUGAAUUUGGAGAAAAUGUUAUUAAAAACAUUUUUGUCUACAAUACUUCUCAAAACUCUUAAUAUGUUAAAACCAGAUGUUAUGGAUAUUUGUCAAAAACAUCGUGUAUUAAUUUCUAGUGAGGAAGGAGAAACUGAUGGUAUAAUGGAUCGAACACUUCAAUCAUUGGGUGUUUUGAAUGGUUCUCAAUUGGAAUGCGAUGAUUAUGCCCAACAACUAAACUUUAAAAUAAUUAUAUUCCAUGACGAUAAACUUGACGCUGAUGGUUUUGCUGUUGAUUCUAAUGUUGGAAAUGUUGAGGAAUCUGUAACCGGAAAGAUUGCUGCUACAGCGCUGGACAACGAGAAUGCUUUGGAUAAGGAUGAAGAGCUAAAACGAAAACGACCAUCAACAGCUCAAGAAACUAGAGAGGUUUGUAUGAAUGAGGAUGGAAUGAAGGACGGAAGUGAUGAUAUUGAAAUUUCACCGAAACGGUCUCGUCUUGAAUGA